GUAUACAGAUGGGAGAGAGGAUCUUUUUAAAACUGAGAAAAACUUCUCGAUUUGCCUUCCUUUUAACCCUUCGUUUCCUGCAGGAAGAACCGCGCUUGGGCUCCACUCCUCUGGCCAUGCUCGCCGCCACCUGCAACAAGAUCGGCAGCGCCAGCCCUUCGCCCUCGUCCCUCUCGGACAGCGCCUCCUCCUUCGGCAAGGGCUUCCACCCGUGGAAACGCUCCUCCUCCUCCUCCUCCUCGUCCUCCUGCAACCUGGCCGGGGUCGGGGUGGGCGUCGGGGUCCCGGCUUCGGCUCGCAAUGGCUCUUCGGCUCACGCGGCGGCGGCGGCGGCAGCGGCGGCGGCGGCGGCGGCCUUGGUCUCGGACUCGUUCAGUUGCGGAGGCUCGCCGGGCUCCAGCGCCUUCUCGCUCACCUCCAGCGGGGCAGCGGCCGGGUCGCCCUUCGGCAACGACUACUCGGUCUUCCAGGCGCCCGGACCGUCGGGGGGCGGCGGCGGAGGAGGAGGCGGCGGAGGAGGCGGAGGCGGAGGGGGUGGCGGCGGCGGCGGAGGGGUGCAGGAGGCCUCCCCGCACCAGCCGGUCUUCCUCUCCAAGGUGCACACGUCGGUGGAGGGCCUGCAAGGCAUCUACCCGCGGGUGGGGAUGGCGCACCCCUACGAGUCCUGGUUCAAGCCCUCGCACCCGAGCGAGACGGGCGCCUCCAGCUGGUGGGACGUGGGCGCCGCCGGGUGGCUCGACGUCCAGAACCCCAACGGGGUCCACCCGGCCGCCGCCGCCGCCCUGCAAGCGGGCUCCUUGCAUUCCCCGCUGGGCGCCUACAACUCGGAUUACUCGGGCCUGGCGGGCCACUCGGCUUUCAGCUCCGGCGCCGCCUCCUCGCAUCUCCUGGGCCCCGCGGGGGCUCAGCACCUCAUGGACGGAUUUAAGCCCGUGCUGCCGCCGGGCUCUUACGGGCCGGACCCGGGGGCGACGGCGGCCGGGGCGGGGGGCGCCAUGCUCGGGGGCGUCGGCGUCGGGGUCGGCGGUCCCUCCGCGCCGCUAGGCGGCUCCCCUCGCUCCUCCUCGGCCCGACGCUACUCCGGCCGCGCCACUUGCGACUGCCCCAACUGCCAGGAGGCCGAGCGCUUAGGGCCGGCGGGGGCCAGCCUGAGGCGGAAAGGCCUCCACAGCUGCCACAUCCCCGGCUGCGGCAAGGUCUACGGGAAAACCUCGCACCUGAAGGCCCACCUGCGGUGGCACACGGGCGAGCGGCCCUUCGUCUGCAACUGGCUCUUCUGCGGCAAGCGCUUCACCCGCUCCGACGAGCUCCAGCGCCACCUCCGCACCCACACCGGCGAGAAGCGCUUCGCCUGCCCGGUCUGCAACAAGCGCUUCAUGCGGAGCGACCACCUCAGCAAACACGUCAAGACUCACAGCGGAGGAGGAGGAGGCGGAGGCGGCGGAGGAGGCGGCGGAGGCGGAGGUGGCUCCGGGGUCAAGAAGGGCAGCGACACCGACAGCGAGCACAGCGCCCCCGGCAGCCCGCCUUGCCACUCCCCCGAGCUCCUCCAACCUCCGGAGCCUGGGCACAGGAACGGCCUGGAGUGAAAAAGCCCGACCCUCAAAGGACCCCUCUCUCUGACCCUAGUUGCCCCUCAGUCGUAGUCGUCUGACUUUCCCGCCUUUUGUGUUUUGGGGGCCUCCCCUCCUCAAGUCUCCCAAAUUUGAAGCCUUCUGUGAGGGACUUUGGCCAAACAACCCUGAGGCGCGGACAGGAGAAACUGACCCCGUUUGGCUCCCUCUCUCACAGACUGACUGGCCUUUUGGGUUUUUGCCCCCCAGAAAUGUUGUGGGGGCAAAACAGGGGGUCUCCUCAGGCUUGGGUUUUGCCAAGCCUGAAGCAGCUCCCGAGUUGGGCCCCAGGCGACGGACACCUCGAAUCUAGAAAGUGGCGGGUGGUUCCGUAUAUACAUAUACAUAUAAGGAAAGCGUGGCCUCCGCGGCUGGAAUUUC